AUGGCUUCUCUGAUGCUUCUUUUAUCUGCUCUUGUUAAACCCAGAAAUCCAAAUCUGGGUAUUGUGACAGCAAUCCCAUCUGCUUCUUCUGCAUCUGCUGCUUCCAGGAGAUCAUUGUCAACGGAAACCAAAAGAAGUGAUCAGUUGGAGAUUGUGACUGAAGAAGAUCCACUGGAAUCAAGAGUUCGUGUAGACAAUGAUGAGGAGUUUAUAAGGGUCUUUCAGAAAUUCAGUUUCCAUACCACUGUUACUGCUGAGAAUGAUGAGUCUUUCCAAAAUGCAGACCCAAAGAAAGGGCUGAUUCAAACUUUGAUGAGUAGCAAGAUGAUAGCCAACAGAGAAAAUGGGGUUCUCAAUGAAAAAGAAGCAAAAUUUGUUAAAGUGAAAAUGACUAUUAAAGAUUGCAAAGAUGUAAACUAUGUCAAAGCUUCCAUGACAAUUGUUGGAUUCGUGAAAAAGCGGCCAUUCAAUUGCAAGCAUCUUUAUUCGAUUGUGGUUUUUGUCAGAUAUCGAAAUUCCUUCCACAAUCGCACGGUAAUACGACUUGUUAAAGACAAAUCUCGAGAGUUGGUGACGGGCCAGUAUCAUCAAAGCCGCCACCAGCUUCUCUCCCCCGGGGCCCGCCAGAGCAGUAUGGCCGCCUCCAUGAGCGGUCUCCACUCCUCGACCUCUAAGUGCAGUAGUUACUCCUUAAAUCGCCAAUCCUUUAUCCAAACUACUCCAAAUCUCGAGAUUUCUCCUAACAAUCUUCGUCUACCUACUCCAGCCAACAAGACCCGCGGCCACGAUCGCACUUCCAGUUUCAAACUUCUUAUCUCAUCCGGUGAUGGAGAUAUCGGGAUCGGACCCAGCGGCGGCAGUGGGGGUUCCGGCCGCUGUAAUCGGUGGUGGAGCUCUGGAAGCGGAGACGACGAAAGUUCGGACGAUAAGAAAGACAGUUUUGGACCAAUGGGGCUGUUUUUGAAUGGACGGAGAUCUGGCCCGAACUUCGACCUUAACGGGUCUACCUUCGAUUUUCGCUAAUUGCCUGAAAAGCCACAUGUUCAGUUCCUAUCGGGAGCAUUCUCUCUGUUUGAACGAUUGGGUACUUCUGUAUACAAGGGUGUAAUGUUCGCCGCCGUUGGCUUCGCAGCUGAGCUGGUGGGUACUGCCUUAUCGAAGGGAUUGCUCGCGAUGAGGAAGAAGAUGGAUCCGGAAUUUGAGACCCAAACAAGCCAACUCCGACGCUACUGAAUGCUGACACUUGGGCACUUCACAUGGGUUUGAACUGCAAUUUGAGGUGCCAAACAUUGAAGGGGAUUGAAUUCGCGACAAGCCAAGAGUUUCUGCUUCUUUCGGAGGUUCGGCUCUUGCAGAGUCUUCCGCUAGCUUUGCUUGGGCUUGGGCUUUCUGGUGAAUGGACGGACCAGUUCAUUAGUUGGGCUUCUCAUCUUAUAUUCAAGCUCGGCUGGUACAUUUUUACCAUGGGCUUUGCUGGACAUUAAGUCCACUUUGUAUAUUGUUGUCUAAGUUAGGGUAUACCAAAACCGUUCAAUAACCAUUUAUCA